AUGUAUGCUAGCGCAUUAUCAUCGAUACUUAAUAAACAUACUUUAACUGACGAGAAUUUUACUGAUUGGAAAAGGAACCUAAAUAUUGUCCUAACCUUUGAGAAACUAAAUUUCAUACUGAACACACCUUGUCCUCCGGAGCCACUUGUUGAUGCUCCUAAUGAGAUUUUCCUAGCAUAUCAAUGCUGGAAGGACUCUAACGAUAUGGCUCGCUGUUAUAUGAUGGCGAGCAUGUCCACUGUGCUUCAAGUACAACAUGAAGAUUACAAAACUGCUCGUCAGAUUAUGGAUAAUCUUGAGGACAUGUUCGGCGGCCAAGCCGUUAAAAACGUCGGGAAGCCCUAA